AUGGCGUCACGGCAGUUGAGAAGGUUUUCGCUUUCUUCUUCUGGUAUUACCACUCGGGCUGCUUUUUCUGGGGUGAAACCUAGGUUGUUGUUGUUGCUGUCAGCUACUGCACCGAGAUUGUUAUCAACGAGUUCGACGAGGAUGUCGACGAUUGCGAGUUUCAAGAUCCCCAAGGUGGCUAAUGAGCCUAAUCACCACUACGCCAAAGGCUCAGCACAGAGAGAUGGUCUCGCAGCAGCAGUGGAAGCCCUCCAGAAGAAGGGCCCGUUGCAGGUACCUCUUGUGAUUGGAGGGAAAGAGGUAUGUACUACCCCAUCCUCCUUUUCCUCCACUUACCAAUAUCUAACACCCCCCUACCAGAUCACCACCGAGUCCACCGCAACCCAAUACUCCCCCUCCUCCCACACCACCCCAGUAGCGACCUACUCCAUCGCCUCCCCAACCAACAUCCGCACCGCCAUCUCCUCCGCCCUCGCCGCGCAAGAGUCAUGGUCCUCCCUCCCUUUCGCCGACAGAGCAGCCAUCUUCCUCAAGGCAGCAGAUCUCAUCUCGACUAAAUACCGCUACCCCCUCAUGGCAGCAACGAUGCUAGGCCAAGGGAAAAACGCGUGGCAGGCCGAGAUCGACGCCGCGGCGGAGCUGGUGGAUUUCUUGAGGUUUAACGUCCAGUAUGCCGAGGAGCUGUACGCCCAGCAACCGGGACAUAACAGUCCGGGGGUGUGGAAUAGAGUGGAAUACCGCCCGCUGGAGGGGUUCGUCUACGCGGUGAGCCCGUUUAAUUUUACGGCCAUCGCGGGGAAUUUACCGGGUCUGCCGGCGCUGUUGGGGAAUGUGGUUGUUUGGAAGCCGAGUGACUACGCAAUUGCGAGUAACUGGUUGCUUUAUAAUAUUUUGGUGGAGGCUGGGUUGCCUAGGGAGGUGAUUCAGCUUGUGCCUGGGGAUCCGGAGGAGGUGACGAGAGAGGUGCUGGCGCAUAGAAAGUUUGCGGCGUUGCAUUACACGGGCAGCACGGCGGUGUUUAGGAAGCUGUAUGGGGAGAUUGGAAAGGGGGUUGCGGAGGGGAGAUAUCAGAGUUAUCCCAGGAUUGUGGGGGAGACGGGGGGGAAGAACUUUCACUUGGUGCACAGCUCGGCGGAUUUAGAGAAUGCGGUUGUGCAGACUGUUAGGGGGGCGUUUGAGUACCAGGGGCAGAAGUGUAGUGCUACCAGUCGUUUGUAUGUGCCCAAGUCGAGGUGGGAGGAGUUUAGGGGGAGGUUGGUGGAGGAGACGGAGAGGUUGACGGUUGGGAACCCGUGGGAGCAUGAGAGUUUUGUUGGGCCGGUUAUUCAUGAGGAGAGUUUUAAGAAGUUGGCGAGGACGAUUGAUGAGGCGAAUGGGGAUGAGGAGUUGGAGUUGCUUACGGGGGGGACGUAUGAUGGGUCGAAGGGGUGGUUUGUUAAGCCUACUAUUUACUUGGCCAAGAAGCCGGAUCAUAAGCUGUUUUCUACGGAGCUUUUUGGGCCCGUGUUGACGGUUUAUGUCUAUGAUGACACGACUGAUCCGGUUGGGGCGUUUGGGAAGGUGUGCGAUGUUGUGGAUGGGACGACGGAUUAUGGGUUGACGGGGUCGGUGUUUGCGGCUGACAGGGCGGCGGUGAGGUUUGCGGAGGAGAAGUUGAGGAAUGCGGCGGGUAACUUUUAUAUCAACUGCAAGAGCACGGGAGCAGUGGUGGGACAGCAGCCGUUUGGAGGGAGCAGGGCGAGCGGCACCAACGACAAGGCAGGGAGUAUCGCCAUUUUGGGGAGGUUUGUGAGCAUGAGGAGUAUCAAGGAGGAGUUUAACGCCACGACAAAGGUGGCAUAUCCGAGCAAUGAGGUGUGA